AUGACCCCAACAUCGUUCUUUGCUUUUCUCUUACUCUUGACAGCCCUUGCAACCUCAACCUCCUCAAUUCCCUCAAAAUCACAACGUUUCAUUACCAAUCUAAUUCACUCUGACUCUGUUUUGUCACCAUUUUACAACCCUAAUGACACCAUCGAAGAUCGUGCUAAACGAUCAUUGACUUCUUCAUAUCUGAGGUCAGCUCACUUUCAAUACAGAACCAACGAUCAACUUGAAGGUCCCUCAACUGACCUUUAUCCUUCAAGUGCAGGGUUUCUUGUAAAGAUCCCCAUGGGUCAGCCACCCAUCCCGCAAUAUCUGUUGAUAGAUUCAGGCAGUCCACUAGCGUGGGUGGAGUGUGCCAUGUGCCAAAAUUGUGAAAAAUCACAUGGUCCUGUUUAUGAUCACCGAAUGUCUUCCACCUAUGUCCAAUCGAAAUGCCCUUGCUAUCGUCCUAAAUCAUUCUGCAAUUGGCAUGAGCAUAGUUGUGAGUUUGGUAUGAGCUACGGAGAUGGUACGACAGUACUUGGAUAUAUGGGCACCGAACGUGUAAUCAUUGAGUCUCUCCAAGGCCCAAACUCGAGUUGGGACAUACCACUCGGCUGUGUUUUUUCUAUUCCUGUUAAAGUUGGGCUUCAUUAUCAGGGAAUUCUCGGACUGGCCGACCAUACUUUAUCCAUAACGAAUCAGAUCCGUAGAUUUUCUUACUGUGUUGGCAAUCUUGGCGAUCCAUUAUACGGUUCCAACUUUUUCAUUUUGGACGGUGAUAAGUAUAAUAAAAGCUUCUCGUCAUCGACACCUUACACUUUAAAUGACGAUGGCGCAUACCAAGUCAAACUUGACGGUGUCAGUAUCGGAGACAGAAAAAUCAACAUUGAUCCUAAUGUUUUCGGUAAACAGUUUAUAAUUGACUCCGGAACGCCGUAUACCAUGCUACCUCCUGCUGCGUAUUACGCCAUUAGAGAAGCAGUCUCAAGCUUAAGCUUCUGGGGACUCUUCAGAAAAGUUAAAUAUACAGGGAAUCUUUCGUGGAAACUGUGUUACAGUGGCAAAUUGACCAACUCUUUUUUCCAAAAAUCUAUGCCAACCGUCACAUUUCAUUUUGCGGAGGGUGCUGAUCUUGUAGUAGAUCCUACCGGCACCUUUUAUCAAGCCAAGGCAAAUGAGAUUUGUUUGGGCAUGGUACCAGUUGAAGGAGCUUUUAUAAUUGGGAUAAUGGUUCAACAAUUUCAUAAUGUUGUUUAUGAGUUGGAAGAGAAGAGAAUAUAUUUUGAUCCCAUGGAUUGUAGUUGGCUAAUUUAUAACUAG